AUGGAGACCCUGCAGUUUGCCAACACACCCAUUUCCUCCCCCAUUACUGUGAAGGUGCUGAAUAUCUUCAGGAAUGCAAUGCACCAUCUGGGGAAGAGGCACGCCAGUCCCUUUGCUCUGGAGCUGGCUGAGAAGAUCCUGCCUCUUUUUAAUCACGCAUCAUCUGAAGUGCGAGAAGGUUCCAUCCGCCUCUUCAAGGAUGUGAUGGAUGCUGUGGUGUGGCUUAAGAAGAGAAGCAUGAAGAAGACCGUGCGCAGGGGCCUGCUCCCUCUGCUCUUUCAGAUGAGUGACGAGACCCCGAGUGUAGCACAGGCAUCUGGGGAAGCCCUUGUGUCCUGUGCAAAGUUCCUGAAGUGGAAGGAGCUCAAGCAGCAGGCCCAGCAGAAGAACACAGUGGGGAUCAUGAAGUGUUUGCUGCAGCAGGACAGAAAGGGAGUGGAAGGCUACCUGCAGCAGAGCCUGCCAUACCUGGAGGAUUCUCAGGCCUCCUUGCGAUGCGAGGCUGUCAGAUUCAUUGGGCUGAUUGGGAAGCACGCCAGGGAGCAGAGUGAGGAGAUGCUGAAUGAACUCUGCAGUGCCCUUCAGCCUUUGGAAGAUGACCCCCAUCUGACAGUCCGUUCUGUGGCAUCUGAGACAAUCCAAAGGCAGAAUGCAGCAUCAGCACAGAGCAGGCUCGCAGCACUUUGUUUCUGGUUAUGCGAAGUCUUCUGA